GGUUCGAAAAAGAUUGGUUGCGAGUGGCAAAUUAACAUGACGAGUCCUAAAAACUCAUCUUUAGUAACAAUCACAUUAUUCAAAAAUACCCAUUAUCAUGAUAUCUUCAUAGAAACUCUCAAAUUUACUCCUAUUUACAGAUCAUUUACUUCCGAAAUUAUAGAAGAAAUCGAAUUUUACGUAGUAAAUAGUCACUGCAAUGCUAGUACAAUCCAGAAUCUUUUACAACCAAAAUACCCAGAAUGGGUCUUCUUAACUCAAGACCUUGAUAAUGCGAUUCAAAAAAUCAAACGAGAUCAUAAUCUUUAA